ACGGGCACCACUCAACCCGCUGGGGGGAAGAUGGGGGUUGUUCUUUAUCUGAGGAGCUGUCCUCCAUCCCCCGUCACUGUGAGAGCAGCUGCUUAGAUAAGAAGUGAAGCCGUGCUCAGAUCUGGGAAGAAAGUGCCCCCGAAGUGCUUCAGCUCCUCUGUUUGCCGCCUCACAGAAGCUGAGCUUGGCUUCUGAGCGUUUUUUCUUGCUGUAACUACUAGUUUCAGAGCUGGCAGGGACCUGGGGAAUGAUGUACUUCAGUCCUUUCAUUUUCAGACUGGGAAGCUGAGGGUCAGGCUGGAGUCGAGAACUGUCUCAGGUCUUGCCACCGAGGAGUGGCAGGCAGGGCCAAGACCCCAUUUCCAAGUCCUUUGGGUCAAGGUGCAGCUGGGUGUGUGUGCCUGGCACCGUGCAAGGGAAGCAAAGCCUGCCCAGGCGUCUGCAUGUCACACAUACUCCUAUACAGCCUUCAAAGACCCAGCUCACACGUCCUGUCUCCUUUUCAGAAGUCUCCAGUUCCCGGGGCAAAACGUAUUCCUCCUUCCUCGGGACACCCACAGCCUUUUGAGCGCACCCCUGCCAGAGCCCUCAGCCUGUUGGUUGGGUCUUGGCCUGCUGUCCUGUCUGGCUCUCCAGAGCACUGGGAGCUGCUGGAGGGCAGGCACCCGGUGGGACCCCCACCCCCGCCAUCAGCCCCAGGUCGCAGUGCAGCGUUGAACAUAUGUAAGACAUGCUCCAGGCUGUGGGGUGACAAGUAGGUGCACAGACACGUGCUUACCGGGGUUCCAUUCCAGGUGCCCCACACACGGAUGGGUGUCCUCAAGGAGCUGGGACUUCAGUGGCCACAGAGGCUCAGGCACUGAUCCCAGUGUUGGGCGCACCUCUGCAGUCUUGAGUGCUGUGGACCUUGGCAGGGAGGAGGUGGCAUUUGAUCUGGGAGGGAACGAGACAUGGUGGGCACUCGUUUCCACAGGAGCGGGGAGUCAAGGUGUGGGAGGGAGAGCCGGGCGGCAGUGGCCUGAAUGGCAGCCCAGGGCAGCUCACGUGGAGCCUUCCAAGCCACGUGAAGGCCUUUGAACUUUACGCUCUGGGCAGGACAGGCACGGGACCAGGGGAGUGCCAUACUGAAAUUGGCAUUUUUGGCAGGGUGACUUGGGAGUCCUGUGGUGGAUGGAUUUGGAGGGGAGAGGCUGGAGGCAGGGAGACCAAUAACGGAGGCUGCUGCAAGAGCCCUGGGAAAAGAUGGCAGGAGCCUGGCUUGGAAUGGCAAUGGCUCUCAUGACAGGCACUGUUGGCCCUGGAGGUACCAGCGCCUGGUCCAGGGACCUGGGAGGAGAGAGAGUAGUGGGGAUAGCCUGGGCUAGUUCGGGGGUCUUGAACACGCUCCCAGGCGGAGGGAGGCCAGAGUCAGGUCUUAGAGAGGCUCUCGUGGGAGGCAGCCCAGAGUUGCCUGGCCCAGGUGCAAGCUGGGGACUGGGUCCCUCUGCUGGCCAUAGGGGGCAUGGGUGAGAGCCUCUGGCUGCAGUCCUCAAAUGCUUUCAGUGCUUUUUUAAAUACAAGAAACAGAAUCCUUUUAAGAAGCAACCAGGUAAUGUCCGGUUGCUUUUUAUGAUUCCCAAGCUGGCAGAAGUGCCGUAGGCCUUUCGAUGGCCAGAGGAUUGCACAGUCCGGUUUCUCCCAGUUUCCUGCUGGCUUCUUUGCACGUGGCUUCACCACUUCAGCCUCCUUUAGGGCCACCUAUUCACCCCUGUCUGGGCGGAACCUGGAAACUGCACGCGGCAUUGGCUGGGGGGCUGGGCGUGGUGGCUCUUGGGGUCCUCUAUGCCAAGCUGGCCCUCAGCACGGGCGGGGCAGAGCCGUGGGGCCCCUAGAUUGCUGAGGUUAAGGCUCCCGAAGAGCUGUGCUUGCGUUCAAGGCCUUGAGCACCGUUAGUUUCUGCCCUGCUCCCUGCUGCUUCAGGAAAAUCAACUCUAAUGAAAGCCCUUUCGAGUGAGGUCACUCAGGCUUUCGGGGAUUUAUUCUUUAGCGUGUUGAAGUGGUUUGCUGAGGUCCAGCCUGAUGGAUCACUGAGCGCUCUCUGCUCUCUGGUGCUCUGUGAGUGGGAAGGUUGCCUAGCAACCAGGCCCAGGGCCAGCCUCCUAGCUUUUCACACAGCGGGGCUCCUCCUCCCGCCCUUACUCGCCCAGCCCUCUUUGGCAGAACGGGUGGCUGCCCCGCCCCCUCUUCCCUGCAGUCCUGCAAGUAGGGGGGGGGGCUGGUGCCUCAGGUCGGGUCAGGGCGGCUCCACUAGCUUCCAGGGCCCCAGCGUAGUUGGGGCCGGUGUGACCUGGGAUGCAGGCGUUUGGAGGCAUGGGAAGGAACAGGGAAGGAACAGUGAGCCUUUUCCACCGAACACCGACCCUGCCCUCUCCCACCGUGACGAGGUCUGUCCCUCCUGGCAAGACAGGUUCAGCUCACCUAAGGGGGCCUCAGCCGAGGUGAAGAUCCAAGAGAUGGUGAAACUGGGCCAUGAGCUGAUGCUGUGUGGGCUGGAUGACCACGAGCUCCUGAAGGGCCGGGCCUGUGCCCAGAAGCAGCUGCGCUUCAUGGACCAGCUGCUGGACGUGGUCCGGACCCUGACUAUCGGAGGCUCCAGCUGCCACAGUGUGAAAGAGCACUUCGAGGACACCCGGGAGAAGAAUGAGGCGCUGCUGGGGGAGUUCUUCUUGAGCCCCCACCUGCAGAUGCUCCUGAGCCCCGAGUGUGACGCGUGGCCCCUGGGCGUGCAGCCACUUCUCGACAAGCAGAGCGAUGCCUGGCAGAGGGCCAGCCCCUCCAUCGAGUCAGAGGACGACAAGGUGGCAGAGCUGGCCCGGCAGCUGCAGGAGAGUGCCUCGAAGCUGCAGUCGCUCAGGGUGGAGUGCUUUGCGCAGCACAAGCAAGGAGCCGCUGUGGGUGGGGCCGAUGCCAGCACCCUAGACCAGAAGCUGCGCCUGGUCAUCUCUGACUUCCGGCAGCUCAUCGUGGCUUUCCUGCAAGUCUAUGACGAUGAGCUGGGAGACUGCUGCCAGCGCCCAGGCCCCAACCUCCGCCCGUGCGGCCCCAUCAUCCAGGCCGUGUACCAGACUCUGACCUCAUGCAGCCAACUGUUGAAAGCGGUCGUGGAGGUCACUGACACCUCGGUGAAAGCCGUGCGGAUGGCGAAGCAGCAGCAGGGCAAGCAGAUCUGUUGGGGCAGCAGCAAUUCUGUGAUGAGUCUAGGUAUGUGGUCACCACUUUUCUGUGGCUGUGGCCACCCGUCUGGUGGGCAGGGACAGGGCCUUCAUGGUGCACCUCCGCUUAGUGCCUGCCUCCUUCUGUGCUUGACCCGCAUUUGGGGACUGGCCCCUCACUUUUCUUCUUCUUUUUCCAAUGCUUAAGGUUUUCCUUCCCUUGAAAACUCUUCUGACGGAUUAUAAAAUAAAAACAUUAAUUGUAGGAAAUUGGGAUAACGUAAAGACGUAACGUAAAGACGUGCAGAGGUAAACUAAAAACAUUACGUAAUGUGGUGGCCCAGAGAUGGUCGGUGUUAAUAUUUUGGUCUGUUUCCCUCUGUUCCGUUUCCUCUCGUCAUCUUUUAUUUCUUUGUGUAAGGUGAGUAGAAUUACAACAUGUGUACACUAUUAUAUUCUUUCCCGUGGAUCUCAUUUUAAGCGUUUUCCCAUGUUCUUGAAGUCACAUUUUUAAUCAUCAGACACUUCCUUUCAGGCAUUUGCUAUAAUUUACUUAACAUUUUCUACUACUGACCCUGUAGGUCAUUUUUAGUUUUAUACCGUUUCACAUGAUGCUGUCGCAGGAUUUACAAUAGUGACAAAUGGAAACAAUCCAAGGUUUUACCCUUGGGUAAUGCUUGAGUAAAUUCUGGUAUGUGAAUAUGGUGGGACGGUAUUUGUUGUUUCAAAACUUGAUUACAGUGACAUGAGCAAGUGUGUAUCGUGUAAUGUUAAAAGGAAAAUGCAGGUUAGAAAUGAAAUAUACAGGGGCUGCCCUGGUGGCGCAGUGGUUGGGAGUCCGCCUGCCGAUGCGGGGGACGCGGGUUUGUGCCCCGGUCCGGGACGAUCCCACAUGCCGCGGAGCGGCUGGGCCCGUGAGCUAUGGCCGCUGAGCCUGCGCGUCCGGAGCCUGUGCCCCGCAACGGGAGAGGCCGCAACAGUGAGAGGCCUGCGUACCGCAAAAAAAAAAAAACACACAAAAAAGAAAUAUACAGUAUGAUUUCACUUAUCUAAAGGGAAAAAAAUGUAGAAGAAUCCCUUCUAGGAGUUCAGCUAGAACAUGGACGCUGGUUUGCUCUGUGUUGGAAUCAGAGGUGUUUUAGUUCGUUUAGUCUUUCUUUAUCCUGCUCUGCAGCCUUCACGUAUUCCCCAGCGAACAUGUAUUACACAGAGAAUUUCUCCUCUGAUGGUCAAUGUUUAAAAAAGGUCGCAGUGAACAUGUUUCGACAUUUGCGCUUCCAUCCCGAGGCGGGGUUCCCGCUGUCUUGUCAGUGAGGCCAGCGGUCUCCAUCUUACUGAUGCUCGUCAGCGCUGGCUUUGAACCUUCCAACCUUUCUGCUGUUGGAUAGGGGCAAAGUUGUAUCUGAAUUUAAUUUUAAACUUUUUUUUCUGAGUAAGUCUAUUUUUCUUAGGUAAAAAAACACUCAGAAAAGGUUUUUGUUGUUGUUGUUCUUUUGUGAUAAGAAAAAGGGCCUUUUCUCUCUCUGAGUCUUAGAGAGAGAAAAGUGAAAAGUUGGAUAUUUCCCCUUCAAUCCAGUUCCAAUGACUUUAAAGCCAGUACUUGUGUAACCACAACCCCGGCUAAGAAAUGGAACAUGCCUCGCACGCUAGAGACUCCCACCACCUCUGCCUGCCCGCGACCAAGCGCUGUCCCUGCCCGCUGAGAAUUCUCUCCCUGUGCGCCCACCGCCCACGUGGGGGUCUGUGAUCUGCUGACAUUCAUCGGUUCGUAGCCGAGGCCCUUGCACAGUCCCCUCUCUCUUCCGUUCUCCGACCUCUCUUGCCCUUUGGCUUUUGGCGGUCUGAUUAUAGUGUGUCUUGGUGCGGGUCGCUUUGCGUUUCUCUCAUUUGGAGGUUUUUGAGCUCCUUGGGUAUACGUAGCUUCGUGUUUCUCAUCCACGCUCGGCCAGGUGGCUGACGACUCUUCCUUCCGCCUCACUUCUUGUUGCUCCCACCCUCUUAGAGGCCGAGCAGAGGCACCGGCUCAGGGCCGUCUCAGGUCUCUCCUGGGUGCCCGCACAGCCCCGGGGCGUGCGCGUGGCCUUCUAGAUUCCCAGGACUGUCAGAGCUCUGCAGAGCCCUCGUGGGCAUCUCCUUUCCCAUCCUCUCCUUCUGCGCCUUCUGGUUGGUCUACUGUUUGCCCCGACUCUUAUCCACCGCCUGAGGCAACGGCGACUCCAGCAUUUGCCUGUCAAUCCCCCCCACCCAGUGCACCCCCAAGGACUGGCUUCAGGCCACAUAGCCCCGAGCCCUCCCUCGGGGGGCUGUCUGCGUGAAUUCGCGGGCCUUCUCGCCGCUCUUGGCCUCGUGCACGCGCUCACCACGUGUAUACCUGGGCACCCAGGAGUGCCUCUUUCUGACUGAACUGCAGCAGAAGCCUCCAUUUAAACAUCCAUCCUAACGUUUAUCCUCAUCACCGCUGUUGCUGUGAGUCUCACCCCGUGUGUGUAGCUGUUGUUAGUACUGCGCUUGCAGCCCAUGCUCUCGUUAGUACAUUAGUGACCGCGAGUGCUCUCCACGGCGCGCCACCUGCCCCGUGCUCACAGGACAGCGGCAGCCUUCGCCUUUCCCGUCUAAGCUGCGUGAACCCCUCUGCUUCCCCUGCUGUGCCUGCAGAGAAGUGUCUGCUCGCCAUGGAAUCCAGGGAGUCUAGAGUGCAAGCGCUGUGGUCAGCGUCGCUUCCUCGUGUUGUCUGAGACUCGUUCUUGGGCUAUAGACACAGCAGAGAAAUGACCCCUGGCAACUCCACGCCAGGGGCCAGUUGGAAGGGCCUUGGCGUUUCCCUUGUGUCUACCUGAGAGAGUAAGGGCCUUGGUCUCUGCGGCCUCGGGCCCACCACUGUGGGAGGUCCGUGUGUCUGUGCUACUUCACCUCCCCGUAUAAGAAGCUAGGCCACCGAUCUGGGUGCCAGUAGCCAGGCUAUGUUGGUCACACGUCCCCACACCUGAAGUGAGGGGCUUGAGUGAGGGGACUGGGUGCGCCUACAGGGCUGGCGCCCAGAGCCGUGGCCUCGAGUGUGUGGGCAGGGCCUUGGCGAUGUGGGUGGGCAGCUCGUCCCAUCGUCAUUCACCCGUCACCGGCUCGACUGGGCGGACCCAAAGCCCCUUCUGCCUCCCAGGCCAUCAAAAUAUCAAUGCAUUUUGAAAACAAACAGGUUUCUGGAAGCAGCGAAGUCCAUGGAGGCAAUUCGAUGGAUGCAAUGGGGGGAGAAAGCCGCAACCACGAGGACAGCCCCACGGCGGUGUGGCCGGCAGUCCCAGGGCGGGGACGGUGGCAGGUGGGCUGGAAGCGGAGGGCGUGAGCAGAGCAGGUCCGUACAGAUUGGCGCUCCCAGGGAGACUAGCCUGCUCUUCUGUGAGGAAAAUGAUCGACAUGCAUGGCAAGCUCGGGCUCCUGACACGGCUGGUGGCCAGGUGAAAGCCACCUCUUUCUGGCCUCUGAGGGCCUCCUCUCCCCAGCCUGGACCAACACCAUGGAAGAGAGAAGAAAGACCUGGAAAAGUAGGCCUCAUGGGUCAUUCAGACAACAGAACUUUCCAGCCAAGUUGAAUUAACAUAGUAUCUUGUCCAAACAUACCUAGGAAACACCAACAAGGAGAAGCGCAAGCAGGCACCCUUGGAAGUUAAGAAUGGGGCGGAUAAACAAAACAAGGACAAAGAAAAGCAGCACAGAGGCCUGAUGCGGAGAAAGGAAGGAAGGAGGAGGGCGGAGGUCGCAGAG